AUGGCAGAAGGUUUGGAUAUUAAGUUAAAUACUGCUGUCAAACAAAUCACUUAUGGCCCAAACGGAGUGGAAGUUUCAACUUCUAAUCCUCGAUCAAAUGCAAGCGGAGUUUCAUACAAAGCCGACGUCGUGCUCUGCACACUGCCUUUGGGAGUACUGAAGCAAUCCACCAACCCGAAGACUCAGUCGCUGCCAAACACUGUGCAAUUCUCGCCACCGUUGCCCGACUGGAAGGUGGCCGCCAUCGAACGUUUGGGUUUUGGUAACCUCAACAAGGUGGUGCUGUGCUUCGACCGCAUUUUCUGGGAUCCCAACGGUAACCUGUUUGGUCACAUCGGCAGCACUACAGCCAGUCGCGGCGAACUGUUCCUGUUCUGGAACCUUUACCGCGCGCCCGUGCUCUUGGCCUUGGUCGCCGGCGAGGCGGCCAGCGUCAUGGAAGACGUAUCGGACGAAGUUAUUAUUUCCAGGUGCAUGUUGGUGUUGAGAGGGAUAUUCGGGACAGCAAACGUUCCAGACCCGAAGGAAACUGUCGUUUCUCGUUGGAGAGCCGAUCCAUGGGCACGUGGAUCUUACUCGUUCGUGGCAGUCGGUGCCUCUGGCUCCGAUUACGACUUGCUAGCUGCUCCCGUUUCGUGUUCCAGAAGCACGGAACCUAAUACGACUUCGAACCCGACGGACGGAAGCGAACGACUUUAUUUUGCUGGUGAACAUACCAUACGUAAUUAUCCUGCAACUGUCCAUGGGGCUUUUCUUAGCGGUCUUCGUGAGGGUGGAAAGAUCAGCGACAAGUUUUUGGGAUGUCCAUACGCAGCGCCUGCAUCAAAAUAA